GAAGCCAAAUAGUUUCCCCUCAUUUCUCCACUCUCCAUGUGAGUUCUGCAGCUCUCUCUCUCUCUCUCUCUCUCUCUCUCCAUGGCUCCUGCUUUCAUAUUCCCGCCAAAUCUUCGUGACCUCGAAGCGGACUGCGACGACGAUCGUCUCUCCGUUCAAACCCCAGUCGAUAUAAGCUCUCUUCGUCCUUCUGAACUCGAAGAGUUCGUUAAAGGGGUCUCGUUCGAUCUAUCCGACAAGGAGUUGUUCUGCGUGGAGGAACAAGAGGUGUUUGAUCGAGUGUAUUCCCUCGUCAGGGAUUUUUCUCUUCUCACAUCGCCUUGCAAGUUGAAUCUCGUGGAGAGUCUCCGGUCCAAUCUCAGUGUUCUUCUUCCCAAUGUCGAUUCACUCUCGCGAAUCCCUCAGGAUGAUACGCCUGUCCUUGACCGUGUCUCCUCUCAUCGCAACGCUUUCAAAAUCUAUACUUUCUUUCUACUUCAUAUCGUCCUCGCCGUGGAAUCCAACCAAAACUCUAACAACAACAAUUCAAAGGUUGCAGCAAGUGGUCGAAAGAAACGUUCUACACCCUCGUGGAAUUGGGAACCGCAGAGGGGUCGGAUUGUUAGUCUAAUUGCUAAUUCACUGGAGAUCAACCUCGGGUUGCUCUUUGGAUCAACAGAUCCUGAUGAGAAUUAUAUGUCUUUCGUUGUAAAAAACACGUUCUCCAUGUUUGAAAAUGCGGCCCUGUUGAAGGACUCGAACACCAAAGAUGCUCUGUGUCGUAUUAUUGGUACAUGUGCAACUAAAUAUCAUUAUACAGCACAAUCAUGUGCUUCAAUCCUGCACCUCAUCCACAAAUGUGAUUUCGUUGUGACUCAUAUGGCUGAAACUGCUGCUGGGGCUGAGAAGAAGUAUGCUGAUGGUAGCUUGGCAGUUGCUCUGAUCAGGGAGAUAGGGCGGACAAACCCAAAAGAUUAUGUAAGGGACACUGUUGGGGCAGAGAACAUUGGGCGGUUCCUUGUAGAGCUUGCUGACCAGCUGCCUAGGUUAAUGUCAACUAACAUAGGAAUUUUGAUCCCUCACUUUGGUGGAGAAUCUUAUAAAAUAAGGAAUGCUCUUGUAGGAGCGUUGGGAAAGUUGGUUGCUAAGGCAUUUAAGGAUGUUGAAGGCGAAGUAAGUUCCAAGUCCGUCUGGCUACGUACCAAGCAAGCUAUGUUAGAAAUCUUGCUUGAACGGUGUCGGGAUAUUUCAGCCUACACCAGGAGUCGGGUGCUUCAGGUGUGGGCUGAGCUAUGUGAAGAUCAUGCUGUCUCCAUUGGUUUGUGGAAUGAAGUUGCUGUGAUUGCUGCUGGGAGAUUGGAAGAUAAGAGUGCGAUUGUUAGAAAAUCUGCAUUGCAUUUACUUAUCAUGAUGUUGCAGCAUAACCCAUUUGGGCCACAACUUCGUAUUCCCUCCUUUGAGGCUACAUUAGAGAAGUACAAGGAGAGAUUACAAGAGCUGGAGCCAGCUGUCCCCGUUGAGAGUGUCUUGGAUGGGAUACCAUCUGAGAAUGAUGCUGAUGAAACAGAUGGUGAGAUUGACCAUGUAAAUGCUGAGGGGGAGGCUGCCAAGCAGCAAGAGAGUGUCGCUGAUAGUUUACCUCAUGUUGAAGAUGGUAAUACGCAGGAUUCUUCUGUGCUAGAUGUUGGGAACUUGGAACAGACAAGGGCCCUGGUUGCAUCAUUGGAGGCAGGACUGAGGUUUUCAAAGUGUAUAUCGGCUACAAUGCCUACUCUUGUUCAACUGAUGGCUUCGUCUUCUGCCACUGACGUUGAGAACACAAUCCUCUUGCUAAUGAGGUGCAGACAGUUCCAAAUUGAUGGCUCAGAAGCCUGUCUGCGCAAGAUGCUGCCUUUGGUGUUUUCACAGGACAAAUCCAUAUAUGAAGCUGUGGAGAGUGCAUUUAUUGCCAUAUACGUAAAGAAAGGUCCCACUGAAACUGCAAAGAAUCUGUUGAACCUUGCAGUUGAUUCAAGUAUUGGUGAUCUUGCGGCGCUAGAGUUACUGGUUGAUGCUUUGGUGUCCAAAGGUGAUAUCUCUAAUAGCACGAUAUCGGCCUUGUGGGAUUAUUUUAGCUUCAAUGUUAGUGGAGUCACAGCAGAGCAAAGCCGUGGAGCAUUGUCAGUCCUGUGCAUGGCAGCUAAAUCUUCUACUGGUGUUCUUGGUUCCCACCUUCAGGAUAUUAUUGACAUUGGGUUUGGUCGUUGGGCAAAAGAGGAUCGCCUGCUUGCCAGAACAGCAUGCCUUGCCCUUCAAAGAUUGUCUGAGAAUGACAAGGAAAAGCUUUUGUCAAAUAGUGGAGGUCGAGUAUUUGGAACUUUACAAAGUUUAAUCACUGGUUUUUGGUUGCCAGAAAGCAUAUGGUAUUCUUUUGCAGAUAAGGCGAUAAGUGCUAUAUAUUCCAUUCAUCCAACACCUGAAGUUUUUGCUGCUAAUGUGGUGAAAAGGUCUCUUCUUGCUGUAUUUGAUUGUAGUGGAGGAGAUGAGUCCCCAAUUGAUACUGACUUUGGCAGCUUGAACAACAUCCUUUCCACCAUGCAAGUAACAAAGCUCAGUAGAUACUUAUUUAUUAUAAGUCAUGUUGCCCUUAAUCAAUUGGUGUACAUCGAAUUGUGUGUUCGGAAGAUCCAGAAACAGAAAGCAAAGAAAGGAAAGGCUGGACCCAUUUCUGAGAAUAUUCAGGGUGAUUGUACAGAAGUUAAUGAGCUUCCUAUGAAGGAGAACAGUAUAAAUGCUGAACUAGGUCUUGCUGCCUCUGAAGAUAUGGCACUUGAUGCACUUGCUGAAAAUGCAGAAAAGGAAAUUAUAUCUGGUGGUUCUUCUGGACAGUGCUUAAUAGGACACUGUGCACCUUUCUUGUCAAAGCUCUGCAGAAAUUUUAGUCUGAUGCAAAAGUACCCAGAACUUCAGGCUUCUGGAAUGCUUGCACUCUGUCGGUUUAUGGCUAUUGAUUCAGUUUUUUGUGAAGCAAAUCUUCAACUUCUGUUCACGGUUGUGGAGAGUGCACCCUCGGAAACUGUUCGUUCCAAUUGUAUCAUAGCUAUGGGAGACUUGGCUGUUCGUUUUCCUAAUCUUUUAGAACCCUGGACUGAGAGCAUGUAUGCUCGACUACGGGACCCUUCAACAUCUGUUAGAAAAAAUGCUGUCCUUGUUCUUUCUCAUCUCAUUUUGAAUGACAUGAUGAAGGUGAAAGGUUAUAUAAAUGAAAUGGCUGUGCGGUUAGAAGAUGAGGAUGAGAGGAUUUCAAGUCUGGCAAAACUCUUCUUUCUAGAGCUAUCAAAGAAAGGAAGCAACCCAAUUUAUAAUUUACUUCCGGAUAUCCUCAGUAGAUUAUCCACUCAAAACCUGGAGAAAGACGCUUUCUGCAACAUUAUGCAGUUCUUAAUAAGUUCCAUCAAGAAGGACAAACAAAUGGAAGCUCUUGUUGAAAAGCUUUGCAAUAGGUUUGGUGGAGUCACAGAUAUCAAACAGUGGGAAUAUAUUUCAUAUUGCCUCGCACAGCUGACUUUCACUGAGAAAGGAAUAAGGAAGCUCAUGGAGUCUUUCAAAACUUAUGAACAUGUCCUAUCUGAGAAUUCUGUGAUGGAGCAUUUUAAAAACAUUAUAAGCAAGGGCAAGAAGUUCGCAAAGCCAGAGCUGAAGUCUUGCGUUGAGGAGUUUGAGGAGAAGCUUAAUAAGUUCCACUUGGAGAGGAAGGAGCAAGAAAUGACUGCCAGAAAUGCUCAAGUCCACCAACAGAAAGUUGGUUGUUUGGAAGGUCUUAUUGUUGGCAAGGACAAUGCAGAAAGAGAUGCUGAAGAUGAUGGUAGUCAGG